UCUCUGCUCACAGUUCAAAGUCUACUGUUCCCGCUCUUCCUCGACGACCCCCUCUUCGAACGCCUGCCCCUCCUCGACCGUCACUUUGACAACGAACAGAGGGAUCAAGCACACUCCUACUCUUAGUACUUAGAAGCCUGCAAGAUGAGGCUCACAACGCACUUGGUGUUUACAGCUCUUCUUGGAGCAUCACUGGCGGUGCAGCUCAAUUACUUGGCACCAACAAAUGGACUUAACGGCAACGGAGGCAAUGGUAAUGGUGGAUACACCAACGGAAACGGAGGGAAUGGGAAUGGAAAUGGUGGCUACAGAAAUGGUAACGGAAAUGGCAAUGGUGGCUACGCUAAUGGUAAUGGAGGCCACACAAAUGGAAACGGGGGCUUCAAUGGAAAUGGUGGCUACACAAAUGGAAAUGGCAAUGGAGGUCAAAUAAACGGCAAUGGUGGUUACACGAAUGGAAUUGGACUUAAUGGAAAUGGAGCAGCAGCUAAUGGAUAUACAAAUGGAAACGGAUUCACAAACGGAAAUGGUGCAUAUUCCAAUGGCAUUGGGUAUGUCAAUGGUGGAAUUAAUGGUAAUGGGGUAACCAACGGGAACGGCUAUGCAAAUGGUGGAUACAGCAAUGGAGUGGCUAACGGAAACGGACUGGAGGAUCCCAUCACCGCCCUGGCUAAUGCUAUAAGAGGUGAACCCGGCGUGGACUAUCCCAUCCUGGCUUACGUACCCGACACAGGAUUUACCUGCAGUGGACAGAUCCCUGGAUACUACGCCGAUACUGCCCUAGAGGCCGGCUGUCAGGUGUUCCACAUCUGUCAGGCAGAUGGCAGGAGCGACUCUUUCCUGUGUCCCAACGGUACCAUCUUCAACCAGCAGUACUUCGUGUGUGAUUGGUGGUACAACUUCGACUGUUCCACCGCCCAGCAGUUCUAUGGUCUCAACGCUCAGAUCGGAGUCGUCAGUGGUAAUGGUAAUGGAUACUCCAACGGCAUCGUUAAUGGUAUUGUUAAUGGUAAUGGAAUUUAUGCCAACAGAGUAAACGGAAAUGGUGCACUUAAUGGAAAUGGUGGAUUCACUACCACUGGAAAUGGAUACAGCAAUGGCGUUAAUGGAAAUGGUCUAGCCUCUGUUAAUGGCAAUGGCUACUCUAAUGGCAAUGGAUAUUCAAAUGGAAUUGGCAAUAGUAACGGAAACGGUAAUGGCAAUGGUUACACUAAUGGAAAUGGUUACACAAAUGGAAAUGGCUUAAUUAAUGGCAACAGUAAUGGGUACACAAAUGGCAAUGGUUACACAAACGGUAAUGGUGUAAUUAAUGGUAAUGGAUAUACAAAUGGCAAUGGAAUUAACGGUAAUGGAUACAGAAACGGUAAUGGAAAGAAUGGUAAUGGACACAUUAACGGUAAUGGAAUAAACGGCAAUGGAUACACUAACGGUAAUGGAGCUAAUGGCAAUGGAUACACAAAUGGUAAUGGUUUAAUUAAUGGAAAUGGAAAUGGUUUUACCAAUGGGAAUGGCUACACAAAUGGUAACGGCUUGACCAAUGGCAAUGGGGCCAAUGGAAAUGGAUACAGCAAUGGUAAUAGAAUCAACGGUAAUGGUCACACAAACGGUAAUGGAGUCAACGGAAAUGGAUACACAAACGGAAAUGGAGUCAAUGGAAAUGGUUACACUAACGGAAAUGGAGUCAAUGGUAAUGGUUACACAAACGGAAAUGGAGUCAAUGGUAAUGCUUACACAAACGGAAAUGGAGCCAAUGGAAAUGGUUUCACAAACGGUAAUGGAGUCAACGGAAAUGGUUUUACAAACGGUAAUGGAGUCAACGGAAAUGGUUUCACAAACGGUAAUGGAGUCAAUGGAAAUGGUUACAGUAACGGAAAUGGAGUCAACGGAAAUGGUUUCACAAACGGUAAUGGAGUCAACGGAAAUGGUUUAACGAAUGGCAACGGAGUUAACGGUAAUGGGUUAACCAUAUCAGCACCAGCGUCUCCCUCCGGCCUGUACCAAACACCGAAUACAUUGACAAAAAACACAAACAAGAAUACAUUGGAACAGUAUAUUAAAGAUUAUGAAUCUCCUCCAGCUCCUCCAAAGCCGGAAGCAAGCCAAAGUCUCCCGGACGACCAGGUAUAUAAAGCAACAGCGAGUCGAUACACCACCACAACUCUUCCCGCCUCCUCUUCCUCAACACUACCUUCACUAGCUCAACUGUCGGGCAAUAACACACCACACUUAAAUCAAAAUCCGCUAACUCAACAACGGUUCACGAUGAGGAUUAUAACACAUAUAAUAUUUGCAACUCUUCUUGGAGCAUCACUAGGGGUACAGCUGAAUUACUUGGCACCAACAAAUGGAUUUAACGGCAAUGGAGGCAAUGGCAAUGGAUACAGAAACGGUAAUGGAGGCCACAGUAAUGGUAAUGGUGGUUACACUAAUGGUAACGCAAUUGGCACCGGUGGCUACUCAAAUGGAAAUGGCGCCUUCGCAAAUGGAAACGGCAACGGAGGUCAAAUAAAUGGUAACGGUGGUUACGCAAAUGAAAAUGGAGGCUUUUCCAACGGAUUUAACGGAAAUGGAGCAGUUGCUAAUGGAUAUUCAAAUGGAAAUGGAUUCACAAACGGAAAUGGUGGUUAUUCUAAUGGAAAUGGCAAUGGAUAUGUCAAUGGUGGAAUUAUUGGAAAUGGUAAUGGUGUAACCAAUGGGAAUGGCUAUGGAAAUGGUGGAUACAGCAACGGAGUGGCUAACGAAAACGGACUGGAGGAUCCCAUCACCGCCCUGGUUAAUGCUAUAAGAGGGGAACCCGGCGUGGACUAUCCCAUCCUGGCUUACGUACCCGACACAGGAUUUACCUGCGGUGGACAGAUCCCUGGAUACUACGCUGAUACUGCCCUAGAGGCCGGUUGUCAGGUGUUCCACAUCUGUCAGGCAGAUGGAAGGAGCGACUCUUUCCUGUGUCCCAACGGUACCAUCUUCAACCAGCAGUACUUCGUGUGUGAUUGGUGGUACAACUUCGACUGUUCCACCGCCCAGCAGUUCUAUGGUCAUGCUCAGAUCGGAGUCGUCAAUGGUAAUGGUAAUGGAUACUCCAACGGCGUCGUUAAUGGUAUUAUUAAUGGUAAUGGAAUUUACGCCAACAGAUUAAAACGGAAAUGGUGCACUAAUGGAAAUGGAUUCACUACCAUUGGAAAUAGAUACAGCAAUGGCGUUAAUGGAAAUGGUUUAGCCUCUGUUAUUGGCAAUGGCUACUCAAAUGGUAAUGGAUAUUCAAAUGGAAAUGGCAACGGUAACGGAAAUGGCAAUGUAGUUAAUGGAAAUGGUUACACUAAUGGAAAUGGGUACACCAAUGGAAAUGCCUUAAUUAAUGGCAACGGUAAUGGUUACACAAAUGGCAAUGGUUACACUAAUGGUAAUGGUGUAAUUAAUGGUAGUUAUACAAAUGGCAAUGGAAUUAACGGUAAUAUAUACAGAAACGGUAAUGGGGUUAAUGGCAAUGGAUACACGAAUGGUAAUAGUUUAACUAAUGGCAAUGGAAAUGGUUUUAUCAAUGGCAAUGGCUACACAAACGGUAAUGGCUUGACAAAUGGCAAUGGGGUCAACGGAAAUGGAUUCAACAAUGGUAAUGGAGUCAGUGGUAAUGGUCACGCAAACGGUAAUGGAGUCAAUGGAAAUGGUUACACAAACGGUAAUGGAGUCAACGGAAAUGGUUUCACAAACGGUAAUGGAGUCAACGGAAAUGGUUACACUAACGGAAAUGGAGUCAAUGGUAAUGCUUACACAAACGGAAAUGGAGCCAAUGGAAAUGGUUUCACAAACGGUAAUGGAGUCAACGGAAAUGGUUUCACAAACGGUAAUGGAGUCAACGGAAAUGGUUUCACAAACGGUAAUGGAGUCAAUGGAAAUGGUUACAGUAACGGAAAUGGAGUCAACGGAAAUGGUUUCACAAACGGUAAUGGAGUCAACGGAAAUGGUUUAACGAAUGGCAACGGAGUUAACGGUAAUGGGUUAACCAUAUCAGCACCAGUGUCUCCCUCCGGCCUGUACCAAACACCGGUCUUCUAGACAUUGUUAAUGGUAAUGGGUGUAACACAAUGGUGGUAGCCUUACACUCCGGCCUAUUUCAGACACCCAACUUCAGAGUCACUUGAUUCUCAACUGUUGUAAACAGUUUAUAAUACAAUGAUAGCUGCUGUUGAACUUUUGUCUGUGUCUUUCUUUACUUCGAGAAUUCAAGUUAAUUUUCCUCAAGAAGACACUACAAGUACUAAGGUAAACUGCUGAACCGGACAUACAGAGGAACACAAGGUGAUGGCUGGGUCAGGCCACACCAGACUACAUCUUUACUAAACUGUUGCUUGCCAAAACUGUUGUAAACUCAUAGAUUUAUAUAAAUGUAAGUGGAACA